CCGUUUGAGGUCAAAUAAAUCUAAUUAGAAAGACGUACAAAAGCGGAUUUCACCCAAAGUAAAAUACUCAAAAGGUGAUGCGUUUGCAUUUACAAUUGCAUUGUAGCAAAGUGAAAAAACGGAGCAGAGGGAAAGGGGGGAAAAGAAAGAGUGGUUUUAGUGUGUGAUGAGACGAGUAUUGGCGGUAAAUUGGUGGAGGAGGUGGUUGAAAUUGUUCCAAUAUUAAUAAACACACAUUCUACGGACACGGUGGUUGCUUCUUGGGAAAAAAAGAGAAAAUGAAGGGCGGAGGUGGUUGGGGUGGUGGUGGCGGUGGAUUGGGAUUAGGGUUGAAGAGUCAAAGGCGAUGGAGAGGGCUUGUUAUUGGAGUGCUGGGACUCGUUAUCCUCUCCAUGCUGGUUCCUCUUGCCUUUUUGCUAGGCCUUCACAAUGGCUUUCGCCCUGCGCCUCCGGGAUAUUUGCCUGAACAACAAACUUCAGCUUCAAAUGGUUUUGGAGAAUUUGACCAUCACCAAGUCAGAAACACUUGGAACGAGUCUGAGGGGGAUCAAUCUAUCCAUGUACGUGAACUUAUUAGAAAACUGGGACCUACUCUUCCAAAGGUUCAUGCAUAAUGCUCUGAUGGAUGUUCUUAGAGACUUUACCAAUGAAGCAAAGAAUAAAACCAUUGGUAGGGGUUCCGUGAACGAUAGUCAGCCAAAAGAAGGCUUUCCAGUGCCUCCGCGUGGCUCUCUGCAAUCACCUCCCAGUGCAAAUAAUACUAAAGUUGGUGCUGUAAUUGAAGUCCCCUUAUAUACAAAAGAUGUACAUGAUGUUGGAAAAUUAUGUGAGUUUAAAUUUGGUAGUUAUUGCCUUUGGCGUAAAGAACACAGAGAAGAUAUGAAGGAUUCUAUGGUGAAAAAAUUGAAGGACCAAUUAUUUGUAGCUAGAGCAUACUAUCCUAGUAUUGCAAAACUUCCAAGACAGGACAAGUUGUCUCGUGAAUUGAAGCAAAAUAUUCAAGAACUAGAGCGUGUUCUUAGUGAAAGUUCUACAGAUGGUGAUCUUCCACCACAGAUUGCUAAGAAGUUACAGAUGAUGGAAGCUGCAAUAGCCAAAGCCAAAUCAUUUAUUGUGGACUGCAACAACGUUGACAAGAAAUUGAGACAAAUAUAUGAUAUGACUGAGGAUGAAGCUAACUUCCACAUGAAACAAAGUGCCUUCCUCUACCAACUUGCAGUCCAGACUAUGCCAAAGAGUCUUCACUGCCUGUCAAUGAGAUUGACAGUAGAAUAUUUUGGAUCACCUUUAAAUGACACGGAACUCUCUUUGGCUCAAAAAUAUUUAGAUCCUACGUUGCACCACUAUGUCAUAUUCUCCAAUAACGUUCUUGCUUCAUCAGUAGUAAUCAACUCAACUGUUAUGCAUGCAAAAGAAAGCAGGAACCAGGUUUUUCAUGUGCUUACAGAUGGGCAGAAUUACUUUGCAAUGAAAUUAUGGUUUCUGAGAAAUACUUACAAGGAAGCCACAGUUCAAGUGUUAAACAUUGAACAUCUUAAGCUGGAAAGCCAUAUCAAGGCAACUCCAUUGUAUCUUUCCCUGCCUGAGGAAUUUCGUGUUUCCUUCCUCAAUGUUGAUAGUCCACCAAUGGCUCCUAUUAGAACAGAAUACAUAUCUAUUUUUUCUCACUCACACUAUCUUCUCCCUGAAAUAUUCCAGAAUUUGAAGAAAGUUGUGGUUCUGGAUGAUGAUGUUAUUGUGCAGCAAGACUUGUCAGCACUAUGGAGCCUCAACAUGGAAGGGAAAGUUAAUGGCGCUGUGCAGUUCUGCUCAUUGAAGUUGGGUCAACUCAAGAAAUAUUUGGGUGAAAACAGUUAUGAUAAAAAAUCUUGUGCUUGGAUGUCUGGAUUGAAUGUAAUUGAUCUGGACAGGUGGAGAGAGCUAGAUCUUACUGAAACUUACCGAAAGUUGAUGCAUGAGCUGACCAUGCAUGAGGGAUCCAGUGAAGCUGUUGCAUUGCAUGCAAGCUUGCUAAGCUUUCAGGACCUAAUUUAUGCCCUUGAUGGUACUUGGUUACUGUCUGGGCUAGGACAUGACUAUGGCAUUGAUAUCCAAGCAAUUUCAAAAGCUGCAGUUUUGCACUAUAAUGGUAACAUGAAGCCUUGGCUCGAGCUGGGAAUUCCAAAAUAUAGAGGUUACUGGAAGAAGUAUUUGAAUCGAGGAGAUCAGUUCUUGAGUCAGUGCAAUGUAAAUUCAUAAUGUGCUGAUGGUGGGAAUUCAAUCCUUGAGAUUCCUCCUAAUAUAGUGAUCAAGAAGUGGGGAUGUCCAUUUUUGGGGUGCUGAGAAAUUUUCUUUCAGCUAGUUGUUCCAGAGAGUAUUGAGUUGAAUGGAAGAGAGGGCCAUACAAAGGCAUUGUUCAAUUUUUUUGGUAAAUAAGAGCACUUGAAUAUUUAUACUUUUUCCCUGGCAAAGCAGAAGAGAUUUAGCUCACUCUUGACAGCUGCAGUUGCUAUUAUUGGGCAUUUAUGGUAUGAGUUGCUAUUCGAUGGACAAUGCGGGGAAUGAUACGAAGAGCUUUAUUCUCUGCUUCUUAGCUUGGUGAAGUGAAUGAGUGGAAUGGAGGAAGCCAUGACAAAUUAUUUCAACCCAGCAAAGGUGUGAUUGAGUGUUUGCUCCAAGGGGAUUCAAUUGUCAGUCAUGAUGUAAAUGAUUGUUGGUAGGAAAGCAAGUAGUGUAAUGUCUGUCUUUCAGUUUCCACUCAUCAUUUGAGGCCUUACUUCAUCUGAUUUGAACGAAUCUUUUAUUCGGUCAUGAGAAUGUUAAUGGAUUUAAAAUUUCUUUGCAAUA